AUGGCUGAUUGGGGGCCGGUGGUGUUGUUUGUGGUGUUGAGCCCAUGGUUGUUGUUUCAGAUUCCAGCGAGUGGAAGGGUGGCUGAGUUCGGGAACAUGCAAACAAGUGGUGCUUCCAUUCUGGUUCACGCCAUCACCGGCGGUUGA